AUGGACUCAAUUUUCAAAUCAGUGGAAGUGAUGGCAGAAGCGAUGCAAUCAUAUGAUAGGUUGUGGUCUUCACAAACACAACAUCGCAUCCAAUCAGAGCACAAAAUGUCGAAAAGUCUGAAGCGAUUGUCGUUUGAGAAGUUGGAAGAAGAGGUAAGUCCGGCGAAACGGAGCGCCAAAUGGGAGGACAGGGCGGUGGAGAGCGGGUCCGUCGAGACGUCCAAUCGGAUGAGAGUGUAUGUGAGGGUCAGACCGUUGAGUGACACCGAAGAGAGCGGUGGCGCCAAGAAGUCGAUUGAUGUGAUCGACAGCCAACUGCUGGUCUUCGACCCGAUCGAGUUGGACGACAACCAGACCACAGAUGAUCAGUACGUAUACCACGGCAAGCGGUACCGCGAGAUCGGUCGCAGACCUAAUAAGAACCUGCAGUUCGUGUUCGACCGGGUCUUCGGCGACUCCUUCGAGAACAUCCAGAUCUACGAGCAGUCGACCAAAAAGUUUGUCCAAUCGUUGCUCAACGGCUACAACUGCGCGGUCUUCGCAUACGGCGCCACCGGUUCCGGAAAGACGCACACAAUGCUGGGCUCACAGGACGACCCCGGAGUCAUAUUCUUCACGACUAUGGAUCUGUUCCGUCAGAUCGAGGAUAAGUGCGAAGACGAGAAGCUGGAGCUCAGUAUCUCCUACUUCGAGAUCUACAAUGAAGUGGUGUUUGAUUUACUCGACCCCACGUCCGGCAAAGCGCUGGCCGUUCGUGAGGACAGUCGACGCGGAGUUGUGGUGAACAACCUGUCUGUCCAUCAGCCCAAAGACGCCAACCAUUUGCUAGAAAUGUUGGAAUACGGGAAUCGCAACCGAACUCAACAUCCGACUGACGCUAACGCCGAGUCUUCGCGAUCUCACGCAGUGUUUCAGAUAUCGCUUAAAAAACAGGACUAUUCCUCCACUCAAGAGAUGUCGAUUCAGAUCUCGAAGAUGUCUUUAAUCGAUUUGGCGGGCAGUGAACGCGCGUCCACUGCUUAUAAGAGCAUCAGAAAAGAAGUGUUCUUACAUUCCAUACCGCACAUCAGAAGCAAAGGCCUCCAGAGAGAGGGCGGCAAUAUCAACAAAUCACUGCUCGCUUUAGGCAAUUGUAUCACUGCUUUGGCCUCAUCUGAUCCCAAGAAGAAGUGCUCUUACAUUCCAUACCGCGGCUCAAAACUAACGCUUCUCUUGAGGGACUCAUUGGGAGGCAAUUGUCAGACAGCGAUGAUCGCAACGGUCAGCCCAUCGGGUCUGCACUACGAAGAGACGCACAACACUCUGGUCUACGCCGACAGAGCGAAAGGAAUCCAACUGAACCUCAAGAAGAACCAGAUUUCUGUUGGUCUUCAGCCCCGGAAUUAUAACAGUUUAAUGGAAUCACAGAAUCGCAAGAUUUCUGAUCUCAGCGAACAGUUGGCACAACUCAGACACGAGAACGAGAUGUUGAGGUCUAAAAUAGAUACCGUUCCCAAGAAUGCUAUCGUUGCCAGCAAUGACUCGAUUUCGUUGUUAAAUGUCGUUAAGAAUUCUUUGGAUCUCCUCUUUGAAGAGAGACUCGGUUUGAGGGAAAAGCUAAUGGAAUGCGAAUCGAAUCUCAAGAAAAUCGAUUUGAGACUUCUAUUCCGAAAGUAUGACAUCGAAAGACACAGAUUGAUGGCAUCCGAAGAGUACGACAUGAGUUCGAUCACUAAAUCAGAUCCAUUGCAGUCACUCUAUAACCAAAAACUCCAUUUUUCGGACCAAAAGAGUUCUCUUGAUUUGAAAGUCGAAGAAAAUGAGAGUAAAAUCAAACGAAUCGAAACUGAUUUGAAAGAACGGACCGGAGAUGACGAUUGGCUGAUCAACAGAUACUUCAUCGACGAGAACAUGAAAACCGAAUUUAAGGACAAAUCGUUCGCCGAAAAGCAUUCCAUAGAAAUCGCGAAAGAAAUUCUCAGUCGUUUGGACGCCAAUGAAGAGCUGAUGACGGAAUCAGUGAAACUGAACCGACAUUCGUAUCACUGCCUCAACGGUAUGGGAAGACUGAGCGAAGAGUUGGGAAAUGCUUUCACAUCACUUCUACGCAAAGUUGAGGGCAAGAAGAGUGUCAUCUGGAAGGACGACAUCUCUUCGCCCGUCAUAUCGAAGCGCAGAGAAGUUGAGAGUUUGUUCGCAUUGCCCACCUAUACAGCGCUUCCUAAGACACCGCAGGCCAACACUUCCAGAGCUUUGGUGUCCGUUCACGACAUCACUCCGUAUUAUCACAACAAUAUUACGCCCGAAAAGAGCACUCCAUUGAUGACGAAGAAUAUGAAUUCAAUGAGACUGUCGUUGAAUUCAAGUGUAAAUAAGUCGAACACCAAAGUGGCGGUUGUGUCGGCCAACAAACGCACGGACAGUGACCACGACUGCGAGAACAACCCCUUAAACGACACGUUCACUAUUGGCGACAAACGCAACAAUGCAAUGACUCCUUCGCCAAAAUCAAAACCUUCGACGAGUAGUAACCGUACGUUCAGUGACCCCAGGAAUAGGAAGAGUCCCAACAAUAACUACCGAAAUAGUGGUCAAAAGGGUUACAACAAUCAGUACAGAGAAGGCAAUGGCGGCCGAUCACCGGCGACUUAUAAGAGUCGAUCGCCCUAUCAGUACACCAAUAAUCGGUAUAACAACCAAUGGAAUCGUGACUCCAGUUAUAAUUCCUAUCAAAAUAACGGAUACAAUAGUCAGUCGUCGGGUCGACAAUACGGGCGCUCCAAUCGGUCGGACAAACCUUAUUACCCGCGCUUUAGAUUUUAA